GCGGGUUGGAGCGCAUGGGUCAAAGGAAAGCACCCGCCGGGGUCGGCAGUCGCGGGUUGGUCGGGCGGGGAUAGCAUCAGCAGGAGGAAUAUGAUGGAUCGGAGGUUCGUUGCGGUGAAAUUCUUCCGUAUAGUAUGAGGAGUGUGGAAAUGGCAAUGGCGCUGUCGGCAGGCUCGAGCUUCGUCGUCCGCAGCAGAAGCGAGUUGUGCGCAUCGACUGCAGCUUCUUCUUCCGCCCGCGCUAUUUGUCGUUCUGCGUCCGGCCCGCGGUUGUCCGCUGAUCGGCCUGAAUUCUGUUGCUCUUUCGACCUGAGGACGCUGGCCUUUGGUGGCGCGCCAGGCCCAGCACCAUGCUCGUCUUUCAGCCGACGGUUUAUGACAUUUUGUAGUUGCAGGCGAGGAAAAGUCUUUAAAUGUCCCGGCGUCUAUGGCACAGAGAAUCCAAAUCAGACUCCAGCCUGCUUCGUAUAGGAGCAGGCCGGUCGAGAGUGAGGACGUGGAACCUGAUCAUUUGUUGGUUCUAGUUCACGGAAUCCUUGCCAGUCCGAGCGAUUGGAAGUACGUCGAAGCUGAACUGAAGCCUCAGUUGGGAAACAGAUAUCUUCUAUUUGCCAGUGCUGUGAAUUCUUAUUUGAACACUUUCAACGGGAUUGAUACGGCAGGAAAGCGACUCGCAGAAGAGGUAGGAUUUGUUGUCAAACGUACGCCAAGCUUGAAGAAAAUUUCGUUCCUUGGACAUUCUCUGGGAGGGUUGUUCUCGCGGUACGCUAUUUCUGCGCUUUACAAGUCUCCAUCAGGCGUCCUCUCUCUCACAGAAGAUCAGUCCCUCGUUGAAGAAUUAGAGAGGAGAGGAGAAAAGAAUGUACAUGAUACCCGCCAAAAAGCUACCAUAGCUGGGUUGGAACCUAUCGACUUUAUUACUCUUGCAACUCCUCAUCUUGGAGUUCGCGGAAGGCAGCAACUACCCUUUCUCUUGGGAUUGCCUGUCUUGGAGAAACUUGCUGCGCCAUUAGCUCCUUUCUUUGUUGGAAGUACUGGACGUCAGCUUUUUUUGACCGAUGGGAAGGCUAACGAACCACCCCUCUUACUGCGAAUGGCAACAGAUUGCGAAGAGGGACCGUUCAUAUCUGCGUUAAGAGCUUUUAAAUUGAGAAUCACCUAUGCAAAUGUCAGUUAUGAUCAUAUGGUUGGUUGGCGAACAUCUUCAAUACGACGUGAAUCAGAGCUUUCCAAGCCUCCACGCAGGUCUCUCGAGGGGUAUAAGCAUGUCGUAAAUGUUGUCGAUUAUCCACCCAUUGAAAGCUUGAAUCCCCAAUUUGAAGAGGGUACAGCUAGAGCAAAAGAAGCUGUACAGACAGCACCAACUAGCACCAAGAAGGCAACAGCCUAUCAUGAUAUACUAGAAGAGGAAAUGAUCAGAGGACUACAGCAAGUUGGUUGGCGGAAAGUUGACGUCAGCUUCCACGCAGCCCUCUGGCCAUUUCUAGCGCACAACUAUAUACAUGUAAAGCAGGAAUGGUUGCAUUACGAAGGCGCAGGUGUCAUACGACAUGUUGUAGAUACGCUAGGAAAUAAGGAUGAGAAAACUGUUGUGAAGUCAAAAUUGUAACAAGUAGACGGCAGUAUGUACAUUUAGAGAUUAAUAUUUGUCAUAAUUUUUGUUAUGAUAAUAAAACUCCAUGUAAGAGGGAUGAAAUCACAUUCUUAAGCUCAGUGGUUCACUUGUUCACAUUUUAUCCAAUUUCCAAGCAUACUGUUCUGGAGCUAGUGUACGUAAGGAGGAAUAAUAUUUGCACAAUCAAUUGAUCGAUCGUGCGAAGUAAAUUGAGUAACAAAUCGAUAAAUUCAGCCAUUCACGUAUUCAAGCCAGAACAGUAUAUCAUGUGUACCGAAGACCAUCUGCCACCUUUUGAUUUAAAGCCCAUCUGAAUUUCAAAUCCU